CGUAGAAGCGCAACGGAGCUGAUAAAUGGCGGACUCCAGAAAAGACUUAUAGCCAGAUUUAAGGAGUGUGUUGAGGUCCGCGUUCUCAAGCUACUACAUUUGUCGCAUUUCGAAACACCGCACCAACGUAGGCGGUUGUCUGUCGAAAAUCGAGAGAGAGAGAGAGAGAGAGUGAAACAACAACGAGCGAGAGAGAGAAGUGAAAGAAGGAAAAAAAAUGGGGAAAUCUACCUCUUGCUUCAAUAUUAUCACCUGCGGUAAGGAUUCAGCGAACAACGAUGACCUCGAAGCUCCUGAGAGCAAGAGUUCGAGUGACAAGCGCGGAUGGAGUUUCGGGAAGAGAUCUGCGCGGCAUCGAGUGUUGAGCAACACUGUUAUCACAGAGACCCCCACUUCUGGACAUAAGGAGAUCCCAGAAUCAGCCGCUCUUAAUUUCCAACCUCCAACGAGCACUGCUGUUCCAGAAAAGAUAUCGGUUAUACAUUGCACUGACGAGAAACACCAGUUGGUAACUCCUGAGAACCCGAAAGUAUCCGAGACUGAACAGAAGGUAUCCCAGACUGAACCAAAAGUACCGGAGACUGAACUGAAAGUAACCGAAACUGAACCAAAGGUAUCCCAUACUGAAAAUGUUGCAGAAGAUGAAAAUGCAGUCAAAUGCAAACCGGAUGAGUCAGAUGUUCUUGUUGUGCAGACUGCUUCCGGAGGAUUAUUGGCUCAGAAAUCAUUUAUGGAGCUUGAGAAUGUUGUUAAGUUGCAAGCUGCCGUUCGUGGGCAUUUGGUCCGUAGGCAUGCCGUGGGAACUCUACGAUGUGUUCAAGCUCUUGUGAAAAUGCAAGCUCUUGUUCGUGCUCGUCAUGCUCAUCAAGAGAUAGACCAUAACUCUAAGAUCUCGGAAAAGGAAAAAUCAGUAGCCAAAUCAAAUAUAACAUACACUUCAAAUGAGAAGCUACUGAGGAAUAGUUUCGCCCGCCAGUUGUUGGAAUCAUCACCAAAGACCAAACCUCUUCAUGUCAAGUGUGAUUCCUCUAAGCCCGGUUCUACUUGGCAAUGGAUGGAGAGAUGGACGUCACUAUCAUCGCUGUCAAUGGUGGAUAUUGUAGAGUCAGAAAAAGCAGUGCCAGCGAUGGAGAAACAGGUAAGAAGAAAGGAAGAAAUUUCUGAGUCCCCUGGGGAAUCUAAAAUUCAUGAUGAAGUUCUUUGUGAGAUAUCAGACUCAAAGUCCAGCAUCACGGAAUCAAUAGUGCCAUCUGAAAGUGAAGAGAAUCUGAUUACUUAUGAUGCUGACAACUUGAACUUUCAGGCAAGCCAUUCCAAUAUUGAACAGCCUCAGUUGCAGAAUAUAAGUAUAUCUGAUGUGAAAGAGAUCACAGAAGAGAUAAAUUAUCCAAAUCAAAGUAUGCAAUCAAAAGCAGAUUCUCAAGUGGAGCUCAAGUCCAUUUCUGGGAAGCCUGUCACGGAAACUGAACAACCUAAACGUUCUAUGAAAAGAUUAGCCUCAGAAGAUCUAGAAACCGACGGAAAGAAAUCUGUAUUCGGAUCGAGGAAAGUGAGUAAUCCUGCAUUUAUUGCUGCACAGUCAAAAUUUGAAGUGCUGAGUUCAACUGCCAAUUCAGGUAGAUCAAUUAGUCCGUCCCAUCAAGAUGAUGCUGUAAGUGAAUUACAAAGGAAUGCAUUCUCAUCUGCGGUGGAUGCUGAAAUCAGAAAGGAGGUCAAUGGGACAGAAAACCCAGUCACCCAUGUAUCAAGUGUUCAAGUUGGUGGCUCUGAGUGUGGCACCGAAAUCUCCAUUUCUUCCACCCUUGAUUCGCCUGAUAGAUCUGAUGUUGGAGCUACGGAACAUGAGCAUGGACCCAAAGCUAACAGCACUGAAAAUGCGGAUGUCCAAGCCAAAGAUUUACCUACAAUCCCAGUCUCCAACCUAUCUGACUCAGUCUUGGAUCAACCAGAAAAAGUUGUUAAUGGUGAGAUCAAAAAUUCUGUGGUUGCUGUGGACUCCCAUCAAACAGAGUCUCAGCCAGAGAGAACUACGUCUGAUCUCCAGAGAGAACAGUACACCGAGGCAGGUAUUGAAGCAUAUGCGUCAUCCCCAGAAGGUUCUCCAAGAAGCCAUUUGACCGUCCCAGAAUCCCAAGGAACACCGUCCAGUCUGCUAUCUGUGAAAGCUAAAAGGGGCAAAGCUGAAAAGAGUGGAUCCAACCAAAAACGUAAGUUUGCUUCAGCAGGAAAGAAAUCUCCCUCUAAUCCAAAUCAUGAUUCUGGAUCCAGUAAAGAUCAGAAAAAUGGGAAGAGACGCAAUUCAUUUGGUUCAGCAAAACCCGCCGCUGAUAACAUUGAUCAAGAACCAAGAGACAGCAGUAGCAACUGUUCCAUCCCCCAUUUCAUGCAAGCCACAGAAUCUGCAAGAGCAAAACUUCAAGCAAAUCUCUCUCCAAGAUCGAGUCCAGAUAUGCAAGACAGAGACAUUUACGUAAAGAAGAGACAUUCCUUACCUGGUACAAAUGGAAGGCAGGGGUCUCCGCGCAUCCAGCGGUCAAUGUCUCAAGCACAGCCGGGUGCAAAGACAAAUGAGAGAAAAUGGAACAGGUGAAGAAUUGAAGUAAUCGGACAUCUUGAAGAUAACAGUGGCCGACGACCAGUCCUUAACAGGAAAUUCGGAGUCUGAUGAUUACAUGUCUGGUAGUACUUCAGAUUGUAACUAGCUUUUUUCAACUUGGAUGGCGCCUGAUUUAACGACGCUAGUUACAGGGUUUUCCUUCUAUAAAUAUAAGACGCCGAGUGACGUUUUCAUGUACAUUUUUUCCUUUUUUACAAUUGGUAUUCUGCAACUUGUUCCAAAUGGUAUAAUCUGCUGUGUGAUAUGAUUUGGGUACGGUACAGAUGCUUUGGCUUGGUUAUCCAAAGUUUGGGGCAAACUAUAAGGUGAAGAGCUUUUGAAAGCUUUUUGCCAGGUUUUAUUGUAAUAAACUCAAUUUUCUCUUA